AGCUAAAGGUGAUAAGAGCACAUUAGAGUCCCUUGCCACUGCCGUCGUCGUUCUCGCUAGUUACCGUGCAAAACUGAAGCUAGAUCCACAAAGGACGAGGCUGAAUUCGCGGGAAAGGACUCCUUUCCCUUUCCUUUCCAAUCACUCAACGCACAAUCAACCCAAAAGAGCGCAGAAAUCUGCGUGGCAGCGAUCCGGGUGUCUCGAAAGGAUACCCUAGUAAUGUGGAGUAGCUCUGAGGUUAAUGCAAAACAAAACACAAUCGAAGAACAGUAAAAAUGAAGCGAUCCGAAUUUGUGCAGCAUUGUUUAAAAUUUGUUGAGAUAUCACAAGAGCUGAACGAUAGCUGGGAAAUUGUGUCAACACCGAACGGUGAAGAUUAUCUGCGGACCACGAAAUUAUUCCGCCGAAAGGACACGAUUGGUGAACAGGAGGAGCAGGUGAAUGAUGAAAUGCCGGAGCUAGACCAUAACGAUCCAUCAGGUGCUACCGUUUCAACAAUCGUCAAGGACGAAGUGUAUAUGAUCGAAUAUCAUGUCGUGUACAGUUUGAGCUAUCAAGUCCCUGUGCUGUAUCUCAAUGUUCAAGAUUCAAGAGGGAAAAUCUUAAAUUUGCAAUCUGCGUGGAAAUUGCUGGGAGCUUUGAAAGGAUUUGGCGCAACAGGAAUCUAUCAGGCUUUGACCCAAACGGAGCAUCCCUUUCUUUAUAGGCCCUAUCUGUGUAUACAUCCGUGUAAAACACAGGACAUCUUCGACAGUCUACCCAGUACCAAGCAGCCCAUAGUUACAUUUUUAUCAACCUACGGGCCGCUCGUUAAACUUGAUAUCGAUCCUCGAUACGGUUUGAAGUGAUGCUGUUACUAGUAACUGCCUUAGCAUACCCUUUUCUUUCUAAAUCCAGUGAAAUUACUGUUUUGUCGGAAAAAACGCUUUAAUCGAGCUAGCAGUAAAAAGCGAGCAGUGCUCAAUGUUCCAGUGUGACUGUUUUGUACCAAUAAUAUGUCAGAAGAGGGGGCCCGCGUCAUCCAACGUCACUUCAGCAUGAAUUUCGUAGAAAUCUAUUGAUAUUUUCUUGGUGUAUUUUGUUUGUGAGUUCAGCUAAAGGGGUUAU